GCUAAAACCCUAGACUCAGGCUCGUCCCACCCCACCAGGCCACCAUCUUCAUCCUUCGCCGUCGCCAUCGCCGUCGCCGUCGCCGCCGCUCUCCGUCUACAAAUCCCCUCCUCAUCACCGAAGCCCACGCAAAUGCUCGCCUCUACCUUUGCCGCGCACCCCGCUGCCGCUGCAGCAGCCAGGCGACAGCGACGCCCGGUCUGCCCGCGCCAGCCAUUCUGCUCCCAAAUCGGCGUGGCGACGCCGAGGCCGCUGAUGGCGAGGCUUUCGAUCACGAACGCCCUUGCUAGUCAGAGCCUCGAGAGCAGCCCUGCAGCUCCUCCCAAGCUCUCGUUUCCGAUACUGGUGAAUAGUUGUACUGGGAAAAUGGGGAAGGCUGUUGCUGAAGCAGCUUUAUCCGCUGGUCUUCAGUUAGUUCCUGUAUCAUUCAGUGCUAUUGAGGUUCCUGAUGGAAAGGUUGAAAUUUGUGAUAGAGAGAUUUAUAUUCAUGACCCAUCUGAAGGAGAACGUAUUCUCCCUUCGAUUGCCAAGGAUUACCCCGAUAUGAUAGUUGUUGACUACACUGUUCCUGAUGCUGUUAAUGCCAAUGCGGAACUUUACUGUAAACUUGGCUUGCCAUUUGUAAUGGGCACAACUGGUGGAAAUAGGCAAUUGUUGCACAAAACGGUGGAGGAUGCAAAUGUGUAUGCUGUGAUAUCCCCACAGAUGGGGAAGCAGGUUGUUGCAUUUCUUGCUGCCAUGGAAAUCAUGGCAAAGCAAUUCCCCGGUGCAUUUUCUGGUUACAAACUAGAGGUCAUGGAGUCUCAUCAAGCUACAAAAUUGGACUUAUCUGGCACGGCCAAAGCUGUCAUCUCUUGCUUUCAGAAUUUGGGUGUAUCAUUUGACUUGAACGAGGUAAAGCAGGUCCGGGAUCCCCAGGAACAGAUUGCAUUGGUUGGUGUGCCAGAAGAACAUCUUUCUGGUCAUGCAUUUCACAUGUACCAUCUCACAUCACCUGACGAGACAGUUUCAUUUGAGUUUCAACACAAUGUAUGUGGCCGUUCAAUAUACGCAGAGGGAACUGUGGAUGCUGCCCUGUUUCUCCAUAAAAAGAUACAAUCUGGUGCCAACAAGAAACUAUAUGAUAUGAUUGAUGUCCUAAGAGAGGGCAACAUGAGAUGAUCCUCUGUUGGUGUUAAACGAGUGGUUAUAUAGCACCGAUCUGUAGACUCAGAUGCGCAGCAAAAUUAGGCUACUACUCAGAGUUACCCAUUUUUCUGUUGUAACAACCCGUUGUACUGUCGGAUGGUAGUUUCCUCAUGGAAAGAAGUUUGCCUCGAAUAAAUAAUGAUCUUACCAGCCGAGACUUUGUUUAAAAAACAAUAAUAAAAGAAUGAAAAAAAAAUUAGGGAUGCUUAAAGCUCUGUUUGAGAUAG